AUGAAAAGGGGAGAGAGAAGAUCAGACUAUGCAAAAAACCUAGGACCAAGCAUGGUAAUGGAUGAGGACAGCUUGAUGAUCCCCAUCACUAAAGAUGCCUAUGACGUUCUUGAGAAAAGAGAGAACUGUCUAAGUAAUCUCAUUUACAAAAAGUUUGCUUGUACACUGACUUUCAAAAGUACAAAAUGCACUGUUGAAGUAUACAGGAAAAAACUAAAGCCAGGAAUUGACAUUUGUGUUUGUAAGGAUGAUCUCACAAGACACAAGGCUGAUGCUUUGGUAAACGCAGCCAAUAUGUAUCUAGAUCAUAGGGGAGGCCUUGCUUUAGCCCUUGUGAAUGCUGGAGGGCCAGAAAUACAAGAGCAAUGCAAUCUUUAUAUUCAAAGGUAUGGAAAACUCGCAACUGGCCAAAUAGCAGUGACAGGUGGAGGGAAGCUUCCUUGUAAGAAAAUUAUUCAUGCAGUUGGUCCAGUAUGGGCGAAUGUUGAAAAGGAAAGAUGUUGUCACCUGCUUCAGGAAGCUAUUGUGAAUGUUCUGAAGUAUGUUAGUGCUCCAGAAAAUGCUAUAGAGUCUGUGGCUAUCCCAGCAGUGAGUUCAGGUGUUUAUGGCUUCCCGCUUGAUUUGUGUGCUCAAGUGGUUGUAAUGGCUAUAAAGGAAUUUGUUGAAGCAAGUCCACCGAGCUGUCUCAGGGAAAUCCGCUUGGUGAACAUUUGUGAGGCUACAGUUGCAGAAAUGAAGAAGGCCUGUGAAAAGUUUCUGGGUGAUACCAGUUCACUUCAGGAAACUCUUUCAGCUUCACCAAGCCAGCCUUCAGGUUUCAUCAAACUUGGAGGCAUUUGCUUGCGCAUCGUAAGAGGAUUCCUUGAAGAACAGAAGACUACAGCUAUUGUUAAUUCUGUGUCUGUGGAUGGUGAGCCUUACUCUCCAGUUUCAAGAGUACUGCGGCAAAAAGCGGGUUCAGAUCUUCAGGAUGAGCUUAAGUUUCAUCUUAGACAUCCUUCGGUUUAUAACCCACUCAUAGUAACAAAAGGGCAUAACCUGCCCUGUGAGUUUGUGCUGCACAUUGUAUGGCCGCUAUACCGCCACAGGGUGUUACUGUGUGAGGAAUUAAAAGCUGCAGUGAUAAGAUGCCUAUGUUACUUUUGGGACUUGCCAUCUCCCUCAGUUUCUUUUCCACCAAAUGGGAUAUGGUCAUUAAUGCUGCCUGUUGAUAUCGUGGCAGAGAUCAUGAUUGAAGAGGUUUUAAAUUUUGCCAGGGCACACCCUGAGAAGAAGAUAGAUGUGCAGUUUGUCAUUUGCCCGGAUGACUACGAUACCUAUCAGGUUUUCCAGAGAAAAAUUUAUUCAGCAGCACAUAAACUGGAAGAAAAGCAAUAUUACAACAGAAGUGAUCAUUUGGGUACAGAGUCAGGCAGUCAAAGCGUAAAAGAGACUGCAAAUAACGAACUAGCUGUCGAACUUAAAGGGAACACACGUACAGCAUUGGAAGCAGCAAAAUCGUGGAUCCAAAGUGUGGUACAAAUUCGGGAAAGUCACUGUGCUGUUAUUAAAAACAACUACAUUUUUAGCCUCGGUAAAAAUGAGUUUGCAGAACUAUCUCGAGAGCAGCAUUCCAAUGUAUGUGUAUCAGAAGAAGUGCUAGGUGGAAAAGCAAGACUGGAAUUUCAGGGCCCCCCUGAUGCUGUGAUUGAUGCAGUGCUCGCAACUGAAAAAUUACUGCUUCGUAUGCAAGAGAAGACUACAGCCAAACAAAAGAAACUGCUUUACUUAAUGGGCCAACCAGAAUCAAGUCAGCUUUCAGAAGGACACCUUCACAAGACAAAAACUACUACAUGUGUCCACGUUUCACCGGUGGAAUCACACCUUCAGGAGUUUAAAGACAGACAGAAACAGUUUGAAAAAGCUGGGCUUCGUGUUCUCAAGAUUGAAAAGAUACAUAAUCCUCUUUUAUCUGCUGCAUUCCAACAAAUGAAAAAAGAAAUAGAACAAAAACAAGGUGGUACCUCCAAAAUAACACACAAGUUGUACCAGCAUGUUCCUGCUCAGUUCUGUAGCUCGGUGUGCCAGACUGGAUUUCACAGGAUGUAUUCUCCACCAACAGAACAAAAAUAUGGAGCUGGCAUCUACUUUAAAAGGAACCCGAAAAGCCUUAUCGAGGGUAAAGAUACGUGGGAAAUGGACUCUAAAAUGUAUGUGUUUGAGGCUGAUGUAUUAACAGGCUUAUACACUAAAGGCAAGCCGACUUAUAUUAUACCACCAGCAGUGGAGGGGGAUGCCACUAAGGUAUAUGACAGCUUAGUAGAUGAUGUAAACAAUCCCGACACCUUUGUCAUUUGCAACAGCGUUGGGGCCCUUCCACAAUAUUUGUUGACUUGUUCCCAAGAGGUAGAUGGCCCCUGA